AUGACGAACAAAACCCUCGAUCGCGAUGUGGAGCGCCGGCCAGAGGAGGAGACGCCGCUGCUGGCGCACGACCUCCCCGCGACGGUCGCGCCCAGCCGCGCAUACCAGUUCAAGGUCAUUGCGAUUUCCAUGAUCUUCAUCGUGAUUGUUGAGGUCGGCGCGCUGUUGCAGGUCCCGCCGACGUACCAGAUUAUGGAGCAGAUUAUCUGCGAGAAGCGCUUUCCCGGCCACAUCGCGACGGACGCGGCGGACGAUGUGUGCAAGGGGCCCGAGGUCGCGGGCGAGCUGGCCAUGGUGAAGGGCUGGCUGAACUCGUUUGAUUGUAUCCCGCCCCUCAUUACGUCCAUCCCGUACGGCAUCAUUGCGGAUAAGUACGGCCGUCGACCAGUCUUGACGUUGGCCAUGUUUGGUCUGUGCUUGGAGUUUAUGUGGAUGCUGCAGCCGCUGCUGUGGCCCAACGUGCUGCCUCUCUGGACGGUCUGGUUCGGCGCAGUCUUCCAAUUCAUCGGUGGCGGCGCUGCCAUCGUCCAGGCCAUGGUGUGGACCAUGAUUUCUGACGUUGUCCCAAUCUCCAACUUGACAUCCGUGUACUACAAGGUCGGCACGAUAGCCCUGACAGGCGAGCUCGUCGUCGCCCCAAUCAGCGCCGCCCUGCUAACCAAGUCCCCCUGGCUCCCGCUGUGUCUUGGCCAGGCCCUGCUCACGUUUGGCGCCUGCCUGCCACCCUUCAUCCCGGAGACGUCCGAGUUCCGGCGGGCUGCCGAUGUGGAGGUCGAGCAAACGCUCCACCGGGCGGAGGAGGCGGACGGCGCCGAGAGCACCAAGCGCACGCUGCGGGAGCAGAUUGUCUACUCGAUGAAGAAUGACAUGAACCACGUCUACAACUUCCUCAUCAAGUCUAAGCGAAUCCUCCCGCUGGUGUUGGGCUUCAACCUCACGGUGAUUAUCAAGUACAUCAAGGUCGAAAUCACGUCGCAGUACGUGCACAACCUGUUUGGAUGGUCCUGGGCAAAGGCAACCCUGCUCGGCACCGUAUCUACAAUCACAAACAUGACCAUGCUCCUCGCCGUGCUGCCCUUCCUCAGCUGGUACAUCACCAAGCGCACGGCGCUGCACCCGCUCAUCCGCGACCUCUGGCUCGUGCGCAUGACGGGCGUCUUCCUCAGCCUGGGCUGCUUCAUGGUCGCGGUCGCCUACAAGCCGUGGUUCCUCAUCGCGGCGCUCGUCAUCUUCAGCAUGGGCGCUACGUACACCAACAUCUGCCGCGCGGUGCUCAACGCUGUCGUCGAGCCGCACACUAUCGGCACGCUCAACACGGCCAUCAGCUGGGUCGAGCAGCUCAGCACGCUGGUGUCGGCGCCGGUGAUCUCGGCGCUGCUGAGGGCGGGGACAAGGAUUGGCGGCGCGUGGGUCGGGUUGCCGUAUAUGGCGGCGACGGUGAUGGCUGUGUGCGGAACGGUGCUGGUGUUUGGACUUUUUUGGUGUUCUUUUCUACCCCCCACUACCACCCCGCCAAUCUCGCCCACCAUAGGCCGCCGACGCCGCGACAAACUCCCCAAGGGCCGGCCCAACUCGCAUCGGCCGCGCAACAAGAUGGGCAAUGAAGAGUCCACCAUGCUGGACGACAGCGUCCACCCCAAGACCCUCGAGUCGAGGUCUCUGGGCGCCAUUGCCGACUACAUCAAGUCCGGCGAGGUGAAGCGCAUCGCCGUCAUGACCGGCGCGGGCAUCUCGACCGCCGCAGGCAUCCCCGACUUCAGAUCUCCUGGCACCGGCCUCUACGCCAACCUCGCUCGCCUCAACCUCCCCUACGCCGAAGCCGUCUUCGACAUCAGCUACUUCCGCAAGCACCCCGAACCCUUCUACUACCUCGCCAAGGAGCUCUACCCGGGCAAGUUCUUCCCGACCGUCUCGCACGUCUUCAUCGCCCUCCUCGCCAAGAAGGGCCUCCUCCAGAUGAACUUCACCCAGAACAUCGACUGCCUCGAGCGCCGCGCCGGCGUCCCAGACGACAAGAUCAUCGAGGCCCACGGCUCCUUCGCCACCCAGCGCUGCAUCGAGUGCGCCACACCCUUCCCCGACGACAAGAUGCUCCAGCACGUCCAGGCUGAGAUCGUGCCCCGCUGCGGUACCUGCGACGGCCUCGUUAAGCCCGACAUUGUCUUCUUCGGCGAGGCCCUCCCCGAGGCCUUCCGCAACAACACACACCUCCCCGCCAUGGCUGACCUCAUCGUCGUCAUGGGCACUAGCUUGUCUGUCUACCCCUUCGCCGGGCUUGCUGAGGCGUCGCGGUCGGGUGUGCCGAGGCUGCUGCUCAACAGGGAGCGCGUGGGCCAGAUGGGUCGUCGCGCGGAUGAUGUCGUCGAGCUGGGCACGUGUGAUGCUGGCGUGCGCAAGCUUGCUUCUCUGCUUGGCUGGCGCGAUGAGCUCGAGGACAUGUGGCGCGGCAUCGUCGGCGAGAAGGAGGCCGAGAGGCAGCUUGCAUCUGCUGCUGCCGACGGUGACGAGGACCUCGAGGAGGAGAUCCGCAAGGUCACUGAGAACGUCGGCUCCGCGCUCAAGCUCGAUGAUGACAAGGAGGAGCCUGAGGUCGUCGGCGCUUCCUUGCGGCAGGACGGUGGCAGCGACACGGAGGAUGCGCAGCAGAGCAUCCCCAAGGGUACCGUCUCGCGGGUCACCAAGGCGCUCGAGGCGGAGGUCGGCACCGACAUCAAGGACGACCGCGGCCGGGAGGGGCACACCGUGUCCGGCUCCGAGGGUGCGCCGCAGGAGGCUACUGACUUCCGCGCCGAGGCGAAGAAGAAGAUCCAGCUCGCCGCGCAAGGCGCCGCGACACCCCUCGACGAGGUCGCCGUCGUGUUUGACCCCAAUGCGCCCGUUGCCGCCAAGAAGGAUACCGCCGCGGAUGAGGCACUCGUCUCCGGCCCAGCGCGCUACGAGCCUACGACACCUUCAGAGCCGGCGACCACGUCCGAGUCCACACCCGCUGACACCCCUUCCACAUCUUCCAAGGAUACGCAGGACGUCCCCACAACAACAGACAAGACGGUGGAGGCAGCGCCGCCAAAGGCUUUAGAGGCGGAUGAGAAGAAGACGCCGGAUGAUGCCAAGCUAUGA